AUAACCGACAGUCUACAUUUUAUUUUUAUUUCGCUUUGCAAUGCUGAGGCCACGGCUCUUGUCCGGCGUCCUUGCCCGAUGGACAGGAGGUGCAGAUCGGCUGCAGUCGUCCCGAAAUUUUGGUGUUUCGAAUUUCCUACUGAAGAAGGCAGAUGACAGUGAACAAGAAGAGCAAAAGCAAGUGGUCGCCAAGAGCAUCUUCGACAUGAAAGAAAAGAAUAAGAACAGUUAUAUUGACAUGGUCAGAAAAUAUAACGAGAGGAAUGUGCUCAAGCGAGGCCAUGUCGAGUUUAUUUAUGCGGCGAUGAAGCACAUGGAUGAAUUCGGCGUCAGCAAAGACUUGGAAGUGUACAAAGCCCUCAUAGGCAUUUUUCCCAAAGGCAAAAUGAUUCCGCGCAACUUAUUUCAAGAGGCGUUCCAGCAUUACCCAAAACACCAGCAAUGUGCUACUGAUAUCUUAGAGAAAAUGGAACAAAAUGGAGUGAUUCCUGACAUGGAAGUCGAAGUAAUGCUAACCAAUGUUUUCGGCAAAACUGGCCAUCCAGUGCGCAAGUUCAUGAGGAUGUACUACUGGAUGCCGAAAUUCAACAACCUGUCACCCUGGCCUCUUCCAAAGCCUGUGCCUGACGACCCUUUCGAACUUGCAAAAUUAGCUUUGCAAAGGAUAACAAGUGUGGAUCUUCUCACCAAGAUCAACACCUUUGAUUCUAAAGACCUGGAAGACUCAUUAGACAAGACUUGGAUUCUGAGUGCUCAAAGUCCUCUGCAGAAGGAAAUCUUGGGAAGGCUUCCUUCUGACCAGCCUUUGUAUGUGGAAGGUGCUUUUAAAAUUUGGCUGAGAAGCGAAUGUGUCCAGUAUUUCGUGUUGAGAGGAAAGCCAAAGCCAUACCAGCCGCGCCCCACCAUGGACGAGAUUGAUGAUGUCUCCAAUUUGAAAUCUCCAUAUAUUGACGAGGAAGCAGCUGAAAAGACUCUCGAGCCUCUGCGAACUGUUCACGAGCAAGCGGAAGGCACCAUCAUCGCGAUUGCAGCGACAGGCACCUCAAGCAAAGACUCGCUUUUAUCGUGGAUUAGAUUUUUGCAGAAGACAAACCCACCGCUGGACAGAAUACCUGUGCUGUUUUCUAUGACUUCACCUUUUGGGCAAGUAGUGCCUGUGAAUGAUAGCGCGGGAAAUCAAGGACAGAGAUUGAGUGACUGAUCCUAGUCGGUGUUUUUUCUGUGAAAAGCAUAAUAAAGUUAACAAAAAAUAUUUA